AAGAUAUUGCUAAUCGGAGGUGGUAUAGCCAAUUUCACCAACGUAGCUGCGACUUUCCGCGGUAUCAUCCGCGCCAUUACUGACUAUCAGGACGCACUUCGGGCUCACGCGGUAAAGAUCUACGUCCGUCGGGGUGGUCCAAAUUACCAAGAAGGCCUGCAUGCCAUGCAAGAACUUGGCCAAAGUCUGCAUCUUCCAAUCUUCGUCUUUGGUCCUGAGACACACAUGACAGCUGUCGUUGCCAUGGCACUAGGUAUCACGGAAACUCACGCUAAUCCGGCUACUAUAACAGCUCCUUCUCUAUUCGAUCGGUUGCCUCAUGUCUCGACUGGCAAUUUCGCCGACUUGGCUUGUUCUCGAAGUGGACCAAAAAAAUCCAGGAUGAGUUCUGUGAAGGAUGAUGGCAUUUACUCCGGGCUCUUCAACAAGCAGACUCGAGCCAUUGUUUGGGGUGUCCAAUUGAAGGCAAUUCAGUCGAUGCUGGAUUUUGAUUAUGCAUGCUGUAGAACUGUCCCCAGUGUUGCAGCUAUAGUUUAUCCCUUUGCUGGCGACUGUACACAGAAGUUCUAUUGGGGCUCUAAGGAUAAUCUCUUCAUUCCACAAUACCAAAGCUUAGCCAAUGCGUUGAAUGAGCAUAUUGAUGCGAGGUUCCUAAUCAAUUUUGCCUCUUUCCGGGCUGCUUACGACAUUACCAUGGAGGCCAUGUCCAUAAGAGAUGAAACUGAAAAGAGACCACGUCUUGAUGGGAUUGCAAUAAUUGCGGAGGGUAUUCCGGAACGAUUUGCUCGAAGGAUUAUGUUUGCAGCAAAGCAAAUGAAUGUUGUUGUCAUUGGUCCAGCCACAGUGGGAGCGAUUAAACCUGGUUGUUUCAAGGUUGGUAAUACUGCUGGAAUGAUUGACAACAUUAUCGCUUCGAAGCUACAUCGUCCUGGAAGCGUCGCUUAUGUAUCCCGCUCAGGAGGAAUGUCCAAUGAACUCAACAACAUAAUUAGUAGAAAUACAGAUGGGGUUGCUGAGGGAGUUGCUAUUGGUGGUGACCAAUUCCCCGGAAGCACAUUUCUUGACCACAUUUUGCGAUACGAGGCUGAUCCAGGAGUUUCUAUGAUGGUUUUAUUAGGAGAGGCCAUUGAAAAUGGAAGAAUAAGGAAACCUCUCGUAGCCUGGUGUAUUGGAACCUGUGCAGAGAUGUUAGCUGGCAAAGGAGACGCGAAUAGCCUUGGGGAGGUCCAGUUCGGUCAUGCUGGAGCUUGUGCUCGUUCACAAGCUGAAACCGCAGUCGCAAAGAAUGUGCGACUGUCCAAAGCCGGAGCUUUUGUCCCCAAUAGUUUCAACGAUCUUGGCUGUUUAAUUAGGAAAGUCUACGAGGAUUUGGUGAAGUCAGGCAUCCUUACCCCUAAGCCCGAUUUUCCGCCUCAAACAGUUCCAAUGGAUUACUCUUGGGCUAAGGAGCUUGGACUCAUUCGGAAACCCGCAGCUUUCACUUCAACAAUCAGCGAUGAUCGUGGUUCAGAACUCCUUUACGCUGGCAUGCCAGUCAGCCGAGUUCUCUCUGAUAAUCUUGGUAUUGGUGGUGUCAUCUCUCUCCUCUGGUUCAAAAAAAGACUGCCUGACUAUGCAAUAGCCUACAUUGAGCGGUGUCUGAUCAUAACUGCGGAUCACGGACCUGCUGUCAGUGGUGCUCAUAACACUAUUGUCGCUGCUCGAGCCGAUAAGGACUUGGUUUCAUCUUUGGUCUCUGGUCUACUUACAAUUGGUAACCGUUUUGGCGGAGCCAUCGAUGCAGCUGCUCGACAAUUCUCCGAGGCCUUCGAUGCGGGUCAAUCUCCCAGUGAGUUCGUCGCGUCAUCUCGAGCUGCAGGGCGCCUGAUUAUGGGCAUCGGUCACCGGAUCAAGUCCGUGAAUAAUCCGGACACUCGGGUCACUCUGUUGGCCAAAUUCGCGAGGGCCAACUUUCCCGCCACGCCUCUCAUCGAUUACGCUUUUCAAGUAGAGAAACUAACUACAGCUAAGAGACCGACUCUAAUUCUGAAUGUUGACGGUCUUAUCGGUGUGUCGAUGGUGGAUCUGCUUAGAAAUUGUGGUUGCUUUACGCACGAAGAAGCUGAUGAACACAUCCGUAUUGGUGCCCUAAAUGGUCUUUUUGUUCUUGCUCGCAGUAUCGGCUUCAUUGGCCAUUAUUUAGAUCAGAAACGCCUCCGCCAAGGCCUCUACCGUCAUCCCUGGGACGAUAUCACCUAUCAACUUCCAAAUUUGGAUGACAUUGACUUUCCAUCCACUUCUGGCACUAAUGAAGGCACCACGUAA